UGUUGGACUCGAAUUAUGAAGGACACGAAAGUGGUUUGGAAUCAUGAAACGCAUGUGGUACAUUAGCCCAGUUUAAACCUUUGUUUUUCUGAUUAUUUCUGUAGAUAACGGGCAAGAUAACCCACCGAAAUAGCGAGAAUUUAACUUGCUGCCGGUGGCCACCCUAUUUGUUUACAUGCUUGGAGAUGCAGGAAGCGACCGAGCUGUCACAGACUGCUAGCUCAGCUAGCUAGCUAGCUAACCAGUCACGGUUUCGUUGCAAAACAGUUGUUGACCUUGCAUUUGACACAGAUGUAGGUAAAUUUGAUCACUGAAUCAAGAGAAUGGCAACGGAGGCAGCAGUGUCCACACCUGGUCGGCCUCAGAUCCCUAACUCUGCUCAGAGAGACUACUACUGGGUCCGCUCCUUUGUAGCUGGAGGGGUUGCAGGAUGCUGUGCCAAAUCGACUAUUGCUCCCCUGGACAGAGUCAAGAUUUUACUACAGGCUCAUAACCCCCACUAUAAAGACCUUGGAGUGGUCGCUACACUCCGAGCUGUGCCAAAAAAAGAGGGCUACCUGGGCCUGUACAAAGGCAAUGGAGCUAUGAUGGUUAGGAUAUUCCCCUAUGGAGCCAUUCAGUUUAUGGCCUUUGACAACUACAAAAAGUGGCUCAGUAAACAGUUGGGGAUCUCUGGACACAUCCACCGGCUCAUGGCAGGAUCCAUGGCAGGUAUGACCGCAGUGAUCUGCACCUACCCUCUCGAUGUGAUCCGCGCCAGGCUAGCGUUCCAGGUGAAAGGGCAUCACCGCUAUACGGGCAUUGGCAACGCCUUUCAGACCAUAUACCUGAAGGAAGGGGGAAUCCCUGGGUUCUACAGGGGUUUGAUCCCCACCCUCAUAGGCAUGGCUCCAUACGCAGGCUUUUCGUUCUUUACAUUUGGAACUCUAAAGAGCCUGGGUCUGGCCCACUUCCCAGAGCUACUGGGCCGGCCAUCUUCAGACAACCCUGAGGUCUUGGUGCUGAAGACCCACAUCAACCUUCUGUGUGGAGGCGUGGCCGGGGCCAUCGCUCAAACCAUAUCUUACCCUCUUGACGUUGCCAGGAGGAGGAUGCAGUUAGGAACAGUGCUUCCUGACUCAGAGAAAUGUCGCACUCUGAUCAAGACUCUUAAGUAUGUGCACCAGCAAUAUGGGGUCAAGAAGGGUCUUUACCGAGGCUUGUCUCUCAACUACAUCCGAUGUGUGCCCUCUCAGGCUGUGGCCUUCACCACCUACGAGUUUAUGAAGCAGGUUCUCCACCUCAACUAGCCCAGUCCUUCAUCCCCCCAGCUCCAUACAGCUUACCGUUGUUCCUCAGACCCAUAGCUCUACUGUGCUGAGGGUCCCAGCCUACUAUCCACCUCCAGUGUCCUUGCUCCGGGGAGGUUUGGCCUUUGUGACUCCACCUCUCUGAGAAACAUAUUUCUCAACUGCCCAGCCUGUGGUUUGGCUUCACACAACCACCACUGCAACUGUCCCCAUGGAUACAAGGGGCAAUGGCAUUUCCUGCUCAGGGGGGGUGGCUUGAAGAAAUUCUGUGUUCCCUGACAGUGUUGUUGGCCAAUGCCACAACUUGAUUAUGUAAUCUACCCAGCCACUGCCAAUGGCAUUAGAGAUCACACUGGCCAAUCUGCCUUAGGCACCCAGCAGUGUCAUAGAGAAAUGGGACCUGACCCAGGCUUAAUCACCUUUACCUCAUAUCAGUUAUGAAACUGAUGUCGAAGGUCAAUGUCUUGUCUAUUGUUUAAUAACCAGACAUUAGAAUUCUUAUUUUCCAAAAUGUAAUGCUUACUAUAUCUUGAUGUUUUAACAAAAGUAGCAUUUAAGAGUAGCACUUAAGAGUUCUGUCAUGGGGUAUCGUAUAUUUCAGGUAAUUGUGUGUCCUUUCUGUGGUAUAAGUUUGGGGUCCAAUGCCUAUUAGAUGAGCCAAUGAACGACUAGCUGUAGAAGGAUGUCACACAUUUACUGCAAUGUGAACGACUCUUCAUUAUGGGAGUUUCCUGGUUGCUGGCUGGCUGGUUACAGCUCUUGCCAAUACAACGUUGUCAUUAGCAUGAUUUGGGGUUUGGCUCCCAGGCAACUGAGAGGCGGAUCUGAAAGUCAGGGAAAGAUAAGCUGUCCUGUGGUAAGAGGUAUGGAAAUGUAGUUUUACAUUAGGCCUAACUGUAUGAUGAUUCUGCUGUAAUGGUGUGUACAUUAUCUACAUCUGUACAUUAUGACAGUGGUUGUGUAGCUUACAAGUUUAUUGUCCAUUCAGGUAAAGCUGUGACAUGGAACAGGUUUUUUUUUAAGAGACAGGAACAAGUUAAUCAGAAAUGAGAUGUGUUAAGAAGUUGUUCCAGUCUAAUAAUGACUAAUUUAACCUGGAGGAAUGUGCACUUGAAUGUGCAACUUUUGCUUAUUUUUUGAUGAAAAAUUUGAAUGUAUUUGAUUUGUCCACUGGUUGGCAGUAGUGCGUCAAAUGUGUCACGUUUACGCCACAGUAUCAUACAUCUAAACUGGAUAUGGAUCGCUGUACUGAAGUCUUGAUGUCAGUACAGAUAUAAUCACUCAUCUGACCGUAUGUAACAAUGUGUAUAAGCAGUAGCACAGACAUUUCCUUCACUGUAUGCUUGUGUACUUUACUUGAUGGUGAAGUAGUGUUUUUUUAGCCAAAGAAAGAUUAGAUAACAUUUGCACAUCAGUCUCUGCAGAGUUGUGUUGUUGCCUUUCUUACUCCUUAGUCCUCUACCACAUAGGCUGUGCUUUUCCUGUUCAGGUUUUCUAUUAGCAAAGGGGGAUAGCAUACAAGGAGAGGAAUACACUCCACAAUGUUGGUAAUUUAGGCAAGAACUGGAGAUUAACAGCAGUUGACACAAACCAAAAUGGAUAUUUUGGUUUAAACCUCAGUCAAGUACAUAACAUUACGUUGUGAUCAUCUUGACAGUGAUUUUUGGAACAGUGAUACACAGUGCCAAUGAGAUGUUUACCCUUGCACGCUCUUUCUCUCAACUUUGCCUCUUAUAUUUGUAUACCGGUACUCAACUGCUGUACUUUCAUGUUCUUGUUUUGUCUUGACUAUCUUAAAACAAUUGUUUAAGUGAAUACAAACCAAGGUUGUGUUCAGAAAGUAUGAACAUAAAAUUGUCAUUUAACAGAAUUAGAUACUUCUGGAUCUCGACACAA